GCAACAGCUGAUGAUAACAACAACAUACUGCUCUCCCACGGUGACGUCGCGUCUUCUGCUUCCUCUUGAUAGCGACUCAAUACUCACCGUACACACUUUGUUUCUUAUAAGCAACUUGGGCUUGUUAGUGUUUAGUGUUCACUUUACACAGUAUAAUUCGUGCAUCAAGUAAGACCACCGAUGGGAUAGUGUUUGACUAUACAGUAGGAGUAAAUAUAUGUUCAUUCAUUCAUUGUGUCGGGGGCAAGCAGCCAGUAUUCUUGUUUUGAGGCUGUGUUGCUAGAAGAUGCUAUUAUGUGUGGGUCCAGAAGGCACUGGCAAGACUCUUCUUCUUAGAAGACUUGCUAACUUAACAAAGACCGAUAUUUCUAUGACCACAGUUCCAACUGUGGGAUUAAACAUUGCCACAAUUCAGCAAGGCCCUGAAAUGCCACCAAUCAAUAUACGUGAACUUGGGGGUAGUAUGGCUCCAAUUUGGCAGAGUUACUACAGUGGUGUGAGGAAGGUAAUAUACGUUGUAGAUGCUGUCAAUUUAACGCAGCUGGCAGAAGCUACACUACUGCUUAUGGAUUUGCUGGCUCAUCCAAAACUGAAGACAGCACAGGUUGCAAUAGUUUUGAACAAAACGGACAGUGCUACGAGUCGUGGCACAAAUGAGUUGCUGAACGUCAUGCGUUUCGACAACCUUAAACAACACGCCCCACAACAGCUUUUUACUUUUGAAAUUAGUGCUCUUGCUGGUAAAGGACUUCGACCAUUAAUGAAGUGGAUUAAAGGGGAAAAAUAACUUUGAAUUACUUGUGAAAGUCCUAUGGAAACACCAUUAAAAUACAAAAGAAAAAAAGCACUCAAUAAAAAUCAUUUAAAUUUAA